AUGGAAGAAGUGAUGAAAACCUCAGACGCUCCCAAGCCGGAUCCGAAACCCGCUGAAAAGGAGUCGGCGCCAACCCCUGCAACACCGAUGUUGAUGCAGGCAGCUUCUUCAAGAUCACGUGAAUUGACUGACGGAGAGUUCGAAAUGGAAAUGAAAAAUCUGCGCAAGUUAUCAUCAAGUGUUUCUCCUAAGAAAUUCAUAGCGAUGUACAAAGACAAAAUUGCUUCGACUAAAUGCACUUCAUGUAAUAGGAAGACACAAGGCCCCAUGGAAGUGCUAAGCCACCAUGUGUCGAGACUACACUGUGAAAAGAUUCGACAAAGCGGAUAUAGAGUCACCACGAGUGAUAUAAAGUUAUGGAAAUCACAAAUUUCGGCUGUA